AGCAAAUUUAUAUUCCGUUGGUCCUACCCUUAUCAAGCUUCUGCUUAGUUCUAAUUUCUGACCAUUCAUUCUUUAAAUAUAGGUUUCAAGUUGUUAAACAUAAACUACUGGCACCAUAUAUUAGUACAUGCAAUUCAACUCAUUUUAAUCAUAAGCGAGAGAAAGAGAGAUGGGAGACAACAAUGGUCUUCCUCUUUUUGUGACAAAGUCAGCAAAGGGACGCAUCCUUUUCCAAUUGUAUGCAAUUCUGAUUUUUGUGGGUGUGUGCUUCAUCUUUUUAUAUAGACUGAGCCACAUACCAAGAAGAGAAGAAGCUGGAAGAUGGGCUUGGAUUGGAUUGUUUCUCUCAGAACUUUGGUUUUCUUUUUAUUGGUUUCUUACUACGUUUGUCCGAUUGAACCCCAUCUAUCGUUACACUUUCAAAGACCGCCUCUCUCUCAGGUACGAAAAGUUCUUGCCAAGCAUAGACAUAUUUGUAUGCACUGCUGACCCCAUGAUAGAACCACCAGCAAUGAUGAUUAACACAGUCCUAUCAGUCAUGGCUUAUGACUAUCCACCUGAGAAGCUAAGUGUUUAUCUAUCAGAUGAUGGUGGUUCAGUUUUGACAUUUUAUGCUAUGCUAGAGGCCUCACGUUUCUCCAAGAUUUGGCUUCCAUUCUGCAAGAAGUUCAAAGUAGAACCAAGAUCGCCGGAGGCUUAUUUUCGCACAGCAGUUGAGCCACUUGGGGAGCCUGCCAUGGCCAAAGAGUGGACCUCCGUUAAGAAAUUAUAUGAAGACAUGAAAAAGCAGAUCUAAACCACCACAAAGCUAGGUCGAAUUUCAGAAGAAAUUUAUCAAGAACACAAGGGAUUCAAGGAGUGGACAUGGCUUGCAAGUAAACGUGAUCAUCAGACUAUUCUUCAAAUACUUAUUGAUGGAAGAGACCCCAAUGCCAUGGACAUUGAAGGACAACCUUUGCCAACUUUAGUAUACUUAGCACGUGAAAAGAGACCUCAAUACCACCACAAUUUUAAAGCAGGAGCCAUGAAUGCAGUGUUGAGAGUGUCAUCGAAGAUAAGCAACGGUCCUAUAAUUCUUAACGUGGACUGCGACAUGUACUCAAAUAAUUCAGAGUCUGUGAGAGACGUUAUAUGUUUUUUUAUGGAUGAAGAAGAGGGGCACAAAGUUGGUUUCGUACAGUUUCCACAAACCUUCGAGAACAUUACAAAAAAUGAUGUCUACAGUAGUUCCCUUAAUGUAAUAAAUGAGGCAGAGCUUCCUGGACUUGAUGGGAAUGGAGGGCCUUGCUAUAUUGGUAGUGGUUGCUUUCACAGAAGAGAGAUUCUUUGUGGGCAAAAGUAUAGCAAGAAAUGUAAGGUAGAGUGGAAGAGAUUGAACAAUAGAGAGGUAGAAGAGAGCGUUAGUGUACUAGAAGAAACAUGCAAAGUUCUUGCUAGUUGUACCUAUGAAGAAAACACUCAGUGGGGAAAAGAGAUGGGAUUGAAGUAUGGUUGUCCAGUGGAAGACGUCGUAACAGGAUUAGCUAUACAAUGUCGAGGUUGGAGAUCCAUAUAUUUCAAUCCAGAAAGGAAGGGCUUCCUAGGAGUUGCUCCCACAACACUUCUACAGUCACUUGUACAACACAAAAGAUGGUCUGAAGGUGAUUUUCAGAUAUUUGCUUCUAGGUAUUCUCCGUUUGUGAUGGGAUAUAAAAAAAUUCCCCUAAAACUUCAGCUUUCAUACUGUUACUUUUUGCUAUGGGCUGCAAACUGCUUGGCUACGCUGUACUAUGUUGUUGUGCCAUCUUUAUGCCUGCUUAGAGGCAUUUCCUUGUUUCCAGAGAUUUCAAACUCAUGGGUACUACCAUUCGCAUUGGUCAUCUUUGUCCACCGUGCAUACAGCCUGGGAGAAUUUGUUUUCUUUGGGGGCACAUUACAAGGUUGGUGGAAUGAUCAAAGAAUGUGGCUGUAUAAAAGAAUGACUUCCUACUUCUUUGGCUUCCUAGACAACAUCCUAAGACUACUUGGGUUUUCAAAGUCAGCCUUUGUCAUAACAGCAAAGGUGGCUGAUGAUGAUGUGUCACAGAGAUACAAGCAAGAGAUCAUGGAGUUCGGUGCUUCUUCCCCAAUGUUCACCAUUUUAGCAACACUUGCAUUGCUAGACGCAUUUUGUUUCAUUGGAGGAAUGAUGAGGGUGAUUGCGGAUGUGGAAAAUUUGGUUUGGGAACGAUUUACAUUGCAGAUUCUUCUAUGUGGUAUGCUAAUUUUUAUCAACCUCCCUAUUUACCAAGGUCUCUUCCUCAGGAAAGACAAUGGUAGCAUGCCCACCUCACUAACAUACCAGUCAAUAAUGUUUGCUAUAUUGGCUUGUGCAUUAUCCCUGUAUUAAGUUUUAUGUUUGUGCCUAGUAAAACUUCUUCCAGCUAAGAAAUACUUUGACGGAACUAUUUCUAGUUACGAAGGGUUUGCACUAUCAAAGGAAACAGUAGUGUCUGUACUGUCAAGGUUUUUAUUGUAUCCUAUUUAUUGAUCGCUACGGUUCAGAUAAAUAAUCUCAAGCUGGAUAAUAAACAAAAUUUAGAGUCAGGGUAUUUGAUAGAA